CUUGUUUUCUUUAAACUUGUUGGAUUUUUUGUGUUGUCACUCCAAGUGGAUCAAUGACACAAACACUCAUCCAGUCAUCAAGGAUUGCUUCGGCGUCUUUACUGGUGCCUUUACCUAGAAUAUGGCAUCUUUAUGUUUGGCCAUUUACUAUUCUCUAUCCAAUCUUUUUAUACAUAUACUAUUUCAAAUAUCAAGUUUAUUUAGGAUCUGAAGAAUGGACUUUUGUUACUUUGACUUCUCUCCUUGUUCUCCAUGGUUUGACCUUCUUGUCUGGUCAGUGGAGUAUCUCUAUCAAAGCGAAAAUUACUUGUCUCAAGGAACCCAAUGUCAAGAAGGCUACCAAGAUCAUGAUUUCUCCCUACCGUUAUCAAGGCACUGGAACUAUUUGUGACUUACACCAUGGUGAACCUACAUCUUUACAUCCUGAAGGAGAAAUCUCGUUUAUUUUUCAACAAAAGAAGUAUAUUUGGGAUGAGGAUAAACGUCAAUUCCGUAUGAUCUUAUAUCCAUCUGAUCUUCAUCCUCGUGUGGCACUUUAUCAAAAUGCAAAGGGAUUGGACAAGAAAGGAAUCAAGGAAGCUACUGAAACAUAUGGAACAAACAGAUUUGAAAUCCCAAUGCCUACAUUCACUGAAUUAUUCAAGGAACAUGCUGUUGCUCCCUUUUUCGUUUUCCAAAUCUUUUGUGUCGGUCUCUGGUGUCUGGAUGAAUACUGGUAUUACUCAUUGUUCACCUUAUUUAUGCUUGUGGUAUUUGAAGGUACCGUGGUAUUCCAACGUCUCCGCACUAUUGGUGAAUUCCGUGGUAUGAAUCAAAAGCCUUAUCCUAUUUAUGUCAAACGUGAAAAGAAAUGGAUCCAGGUACAAACAGAUGAACUACUUCCCGGUGAUGUUGUGUCUAUUGUUCGUACAAAGGAUGAUGAAGGUGUUCCUUGUGAUCUGGUUAUCUCCGAAGGUUCUUGCAUUGUCAAUGAAGCGAUGUUAUCUGGUGAAUCUACUCCUUUACUCAAGGAAUCGGUUGCUUUGCGACAUCCUGAAGAUGAAUUUGAUUUGGUUGGUGCUGAUAAACUCAAUGUAUUGUAUGGCGGUACUAAGAUCCUUCAGGUUACUUCUCCUGAAAGUGGUUGUGCUCCUGAUAAUGGUUGUAUCUGUGUAGUGGCUCGUAGUGGAUUUGGUACCUCUCAAGGUGAAUUAGUUCGAACCAUGAUUUUCUCUACUGAACGUGUGUCUGCCAAUAACUUUGAAGCCUUAUUAUUUAUUCUCUUCUUAUUGGUCUUCGCUAUUGCUGCUUCUUGGUAUGUUUGGACAAAGGGUGUUGAAAAUGAUCGUAAACGUUCGAAACUUCUUUUGGAUUGUAUCUUGAUCAUUACGUCUGUUGUACCUCCUGAAUUGCCUAUGGAACUUAGUUUGGCUGUGAACAGUAGUUUAGUGGCUUUAUCAAAAUUCGCCAUCUUCUGUACUGAACCCUUCCGUAUUCCAUUUGCUGGUCGUGUGGAUAUUUGCUGUUUUGAUAAGACUGGUACCUUAACUGGUGAAGAUUUAGUGUUCGAAGGUGUUUCUUCCGCGACUACUACUGGAAAGUCUACUGAUCUUUUCCCGGCUACAGAAGUACACGAAACAACCAAGUGGGUUCUUGCAACUGCUCAUGCUUUAGUAGAAUUGGAAGAUGGUAUCGUUGGUGAUCCUAUGGAAAAGGAAACAUUGAAGGCAUUGGAUUGGCACUUAGGCAAACAUGAUACUGUAGCAUCAAAAGGCAAUCAUCGUGAUAAUUUACAUAUUCGUCGUCGCUUCCAAUUCUCAUCUGCUUUGAAACGACAAUCAACUGUCUCCUCCGUGACUCGAUCUCACUUCCCCAGAACCAAAACAUUUGUGGCUGUCAAAGGUGCUCCUGAGACCCUCCAGACUAUGUAUAAGGAUAUUCCUGCUGAUUAUGUUGAAACUUAUCGACACUUUACUCGUAAGGGUAGUCGGGUCUUGGCUCUUGGUUAUAAGUUUUUAGAUGAUGAAAUGAAUAUUGAUCAAAUCAAUAAUCUUGAACGCGAAGAUGUGGAAUCCCAUCUCAUUUUUGCUGGCUUCAUUGUUUUUACCUGUCCUUUGAAAGAAGAUGCCAUUGCUUGUAUCAAGGAAUUGAAUGAAUCUUCUCAUCGUUGCGUUAUGAUUACUGGAGAUAAUCCAUUGACUGCUUGUGCUGUUGCUCGUGAUGUUGCUAUUGUGGAACGGGAAGUACUUAUUGUGGAUAAGGAAGAAGGCAAUGAUACUGAUAAUACUGUGGUAUUCCAUACUGUUGAUGAAUCACUCCGUCUUGAAGUCAAUCCUGAUGAACCUUUAGAUAAUGAUUUAUUGGACAAGUAUGAUAUCUGUUUGACUGGGUCUGCUAUGAACUUUUUUAUGAAGAAACCAAAUAUGGAUAUUUUAUUGGAACAUACUUGGGUUUAUGCUCGUGUUUCACCCUCUCAAAAGGAAUAUUUAUUGACUGGUUUGAAAGAACAUGGUUAUACAACAUUGAUGGCUGGUGAUGGUACUAAUGAUGUAGGUGCAUUGAAACAAGCUCAUAUUGGUGUGGCUUUAUUGGAUGGAACUCCUGAAGAUUUGCAAAAGAUCGCUGAACGUAAUCGUAUUGAAAGAAUGAAAGCCAUGUACGAACAACAAAAGAAACUCUCAGCUCGAUUCAACGCACCAGUACCUCCUCCACCUCCUGCAAUUGCUCAUUUGUAUCCUGAAUUUGCUGCCAAUCGUGCUCAAUUAGAACAAAACAUGACACCUCAACAACGUCGUCAACAUGAAAGCAAACAAAAGAUGGAAAAAAUGGCCAACAAGUUAUUGGAAGAUAUGGAUAUGGAAGAAGCCCCUACGAUCAAAUUUGGUGAUGCUUCCGUUGCUGCACCUUUCACGUCCAAACUUCGAAAUGUAGUUGCAGUGAAUAACAUCAUUCGUCAAGGACGUUGUACUCUUGUGGCCACCAUUCAAAUGUACAAGAUUUUAGCAUUGAAUUGUUUGAUUUCAGCUUACAGUUUAUCUGUAUUGUAUUUGGAUGGUAUCAAGCAAAGUGACACCCAAAUGACAAUUUCUGGUGUUUUGAUGGCUGUAUGUUUCUUGUGUAUCUCUCGUGGCAAACCUAUUGAACGAUUGUCUAAAGAACGACCUCAACCCAAUAUCUUCAACCCUUAUAUUAUUAUCUCUGUCCUUGGUCAAUUUGCUGUCCAUAUUGCUGCCUUGGUAUAUAUCAACAAUCUUGCUAAAUUUUAUGAACCUCCAAAAGAAGUUGAUUUAGAAGGGGAAUUUGAAGCCAGUUUAUUGAAUAGUGGUGUUUAUUUGAUUCAACUUGCGAUGCAGGUGUCAACGUUUGCUAUCAAUUACCAAGGCCAUCCAUUUAGAGAAAGAAUUCAAGAUAACAAGACAUUGUACUACGGCUUGAUGAGUGUGGGUGGUAUUGCUAUUGCGGGUGCUACAGAGCUUUUCCCUGAAGUGAACGAACAAAUCAAUUUAGUCCCAUUCCCUAGUGCAUUCCGUGAUAAAUUGACUCUUUGUAUGGUACUUGACUUUGGUAUUUCCUACUUGAUUGAAAUUGUUAGUAAAAGUUUAUUUGCUGACAAUCGUGCAAAGGCCAUAGCUACAAGAGGCCGGAAAUAGUGAUAGAAUAGGAAUUGUUAUAUAUUAUAGUUAUAUUUAUACUUUUGAUUCUAGAUUUUUGAUUCUUUAUGAUGAUUACAUUUGAUUCUAUACAUUUACACCAAUAAAAAAAAGAAAAAAAAAAGAAGAUUUUAUAUAUAUACAUAUUGCACAGCAUUUGUCGAAAUUUAACUCUUUGGAUUCGGAUUGAAAUGGUCAAC